AUGGUGCGCACAUUUGCUGGAUCGCUAUGCGCCCUGUGCGCUUCUGUAUUAACUAAGACCCGCUCUUACUUGAAGGAUCCUUGGGGUCUGCAACAAGCGGCAAGUUCGAAUACAGUGACAGUCAAGGAGCACCAGCUGCAGCGGCGAUCAUCAUCCCACUGUCACCGACGGCAACACCCGCAGCAACAGCAGCAAAGGCGGCGCGACGCUGAAGUCGGCGCCGCCAAAGUUCCGACGUGCUGUGACUACAGCGUGAGACGGAAGUGGUGCUGGACCGCGUGGAUGCCCGCGUUGUGUGCCAGUGUCGUGGGCGCGCUGUGUUACGUGAACUCGCUGGAUGGUGAUUUCGUGCACGACGAUAUUGUGGCCGUGGUUGGCAACCCUGAUGUCACCGGAGAGAGUAGACGACACGCCUUGUCUUCGUCGUCGUCGCUUUGGAUAAAUGAUUUUUGGGGGAGACCCAUGGCGGAUCCUCGAAGCCAUAAGUCGUACCGGCCCCUCACAGUGCUCAGUUUCAGGGCCAACUACUACACAAGUGGGAGGCAGGUGCGUGGCUACCACAUGGUCAACGUUGCUCUGCACUGCGCAUGCUCAGUACUGGUCGCUGUCGUUGCACGCCGUGUGAUGAGGAUAAAUGCACUCCAUGCGUGCCUGGCUGCGAUGUUGUUCGCUGCUCAUCCAGUACACACCGAGGCCGUGUCGAGUAUUGUGGGCCGAGCGGAAGUGCUGUGCUGCCUCUUCUUCCUGCUGUCUUUCCUCUGCUACCACCGCGAUGCCCAGGGAGGCCGCGGAAGGUUAAUGCGGCUCGCAGCUUGUGGUCUUCUGUCUGUCUGUGCGCUGCUCUCCAAGGAGCAAGGCAUCACCGUGCUGCCGCUGUGCAUGGCUCUCAGGAUACGCACCCUAGUGUUUGACUCUUCGCGCCCAGAAGAACAGGCGCAAUGUCAUAAAGCUCACCGCCGAAGAUGGCCAAUCUGCCACCACUGCAUGCGAGACAUUGCCUGCCGAUGCAUCACGGAUCGCGAGCUAGUCACCCUCGCGGCAUUGACGACAUUACUUCUAUGCUUAAGGCUGUGGAUUUUACAAGGAUGUUUCCCCGAAUUUUCCGAGAUGGACAACCCUGCGUCUUUCUCGUCGAUGCGCACAACCAGGCUGCUCACUUACAGCUACCUGUGCGCCUUCAACACCUGGCUCGUGUUGUGUCCGCGUACCCUGUCAUACGAUUGGCAGAUGGGCAGUAUACCUCUCGUGACGUCACCAUUUGACUACAGAAAUCUGGCUACUCUGGCGGUGUUCGCCUCACUAUUGGCUCUCGUCUGGCGGGCCUUGACCACAUCGAACAUGAAAAGCAGGACUGCCAGUGGAUCAAGAGAGGAGUGCUGUAACGACAGUGUCGAGCGAGUAGACGAGACUUCAUUAAGGCUACUAGUGCCGCUGCUCCUGACUGUGCUGCCUUUCCUGCCGGCGUCUAACCUGUUCGUCACCGUCGGCUUCGUCGUAGCCGAGAGAGUUCUCUACAUCCCAAGCAUAGGCGUGACUCUGCUGGUGGCCGAAGGGUUGUGCCGCCUUCAAGCGCGUUGCUCGCGAACGCUCCGGUGGUGCACUACCAGCCUCUGCUUCAUUCUAGUGCUGCUCUUCGCUGCACGCACCUGGAACCGGAACAGCGCCUGGGCGUCCAGAGAGGCCCUGUUUGAGUGA